AUUUUUUCCUUGAAUUUCAUGAGUGUAUCGCCUUGUUUCUUGCCAAACUGCAUCAACGUUAAUCCUAUUUUUCUUUUUCAGAAUCUCGUCUGUAUAGUGGCGAUACCGUUUAGUGGCAUUUGAUCUAGCGCGGCGUGAACUGCAUUUCUGUUUCGCCGAGUUAGCGUGUGCAAGAAAAACGGGCAUCACGAAUAUUAGCAACGACCGAAAAUGGAAGUUACUAAAAGAAAAACCUCAACUUCCCCAACCGUGGAACCUGGUCAAGAAGAAGAAGAAUUUGCGCAGCGGUGUAAAGAGAAUUUUAAAGUUGCCACUUUAAAUUGGUUGAUAUUCUCGAAUUGUAUUUCAUUGUUUUUUUACGUCUCUCACAUUGCUUCUAAUCUUUAUUGGCUAACUUACUAUUACAACCAAGAAGAAGAUUGGUAUUUCUUGUGGUACUUGGAGUUUUGUUUAACAUCUGCAGUCGUUGUGGCUCUUCGAAGUUUCUUAUUUUACAAUAACGGUUGGAUAUAUGACAAAAACACAUAUGACCCCCGAGAUCGUUUGCCAGAGGAAUCCUAUACCAAUUGGGCUUGGUGGAGCAAGUGGGUUCUCGGUUUCGUCUGUCCUAUUCCGAGGUAUUUGGAUCUCAUUCAGUAUGCCAGUAAAGCAAAACAAGCCAAGAAAAUAGACGACGACAUGCAAAACAUUUAUUUCAUCGCCAUGAUUUGGGAAGAUGCAGAGGUAACCCAACUGCGCCAAUUUGACAGUUUCAUGGAAUCUGCGCCUCAAUUAUUGCUAAGUCUAUACAUUGCUUUAAAAGGAGGAUUCCAUUUUGAAGUUUUAUCGGUGAUAUUCAAAAUCUUCUCUAUCGUUAGCUUAUCAUGGGCGUUGGUCUCGUACGAUCAAAAAAUAUGUUUAAUGGAUGAAAUAAUAAAACACGGCAGUGCGAACCAACGAAACCGAUCAAAUGGCAUCACCAUAGACUUCAACAAUGAUGCAGCUAUUAAUUGUAUUAAAGACGUAAACUGGACCAAUAGCGCCAUUCUAUUUUUAGCUAAUUUUUGGUGGAUAGUUGGCCGACUCAUGGCCUUAAGUUUGUUCGCGUCGGCAUACGGCUGGGUUAUUUGGCCCGUCUGCCUGGUGCACCUGAUCCCAAUUUUCGUUUGGCACAGGAGAAAAAAGUACCGGGUCAUGGACUCAUUGAGGUUGUCAUUUGUAAACGUUUUCUCUUACCUGUACCCCACAGAAAAGGCGGGAGAAAAGGAGUCUGAUGCACACCCUCGAUUCUCACCUCCCAUGUACCAAUCUGUCUGCAUGUGCGAGAAUGUGAUCCUUAUGAUCCUGUGGAUGGAAAGUUGCGGUGACGACGGGCCUUGGAAUAAACACAUCUGCAUCAUUCAGUUCGCGACGACUCUUACCAGUUUCCUAUUAUUUUGGUGGUUUAACGAAAUGCGGGAACGCGACACUUUACCACCCGACUCCAGCCCACCUCAAACAGAAGACACCUGAAACAGUCAACAUUAUAUUCCUAUAAAUCGUUGAUACCGUCUUGAUUUUCUAUGCCAUAUCGUACUUUGCCCCCUGUUUAAGCGUCCCUUGGUUACGUAAAGAGACAUAUUACUACUAAUAGGCCUACAGAAUGACACCUGUCUGCCCCUUCAGCUGUAAGCUGACGAUGAACAAAUGUAGUCGCGAUCUAAUGACAUGCAACAUUUUUCUCUUACGCAUUUUUAUUUUCUUACUUAGGCCUACUCUGUUUUUAACCUAAGGAACGGUAGAUUCGUAGAUUAUUUGAUUGGCACUUAC